GUUUCUAAUUCCAGAGGAAAACAGGUUCAGCAGGUUGUGAUGUCACCACUAUGGUACGUGUUCCCUCCUGCCAGACAAUCUUCCUAAACGUCCCAGCUUCCUGUCUGACUGGAUGAUCCCCUGAUGGAACCCCCUUCAUAUGAGGAGGCCCGUCUCCACCCUCCUGCUCUGCACAUAGAAGGAUACAACAUCCACCCUCCCCCUUCAUAUCACGUCUCCCUCCGCUCUCCUCCAACACCUCCACCCACCUACGGAGAAGCAGUAGUAGUCCAGCAGGAUCCAUUUCCUGUCCUGACUCCACCUCGGCUGCCAACUGCUGUGACAUCACCUUCACGAAACACUGGAGUCAUAAUCCAUCCAACUACACAAAUCGGUGUAUCAUCGUCUGUCGGCGGCAGACAAACGCAACCAGUCGUGACACAGCCGCAGCCUGUUCCUGUCGCAUUGACAUAUCUGGGAGACGUCCCAGCCGUGGUACACUGCCCACACUGCCACCGUGUUGUCACCACCAAAGUCAAAUACCUGCCUGGGACGGCUGCCUGGUGCAUGUGUUUACUUCUCUCCUUGAUGGGGUUUAUUUGCGGUUGCUGUCUGAUCCCGUUCAUGACACGUAGCCUACAGGACGCACAUCAUUCCUGCCCGCAUUGUGAAAACCAUCUGUACACAAACUCAAGAUGACACUGUCAGGAUUAAUACGACCCCUCUCCUCCAAGGAUCAACCCAAAAUCUCAUAACAUUCAUAACAUAUUUUUGUCGCAGUAUGGAUGAAUAAAAUGUAUGUUGUACGAUAGGAAUGCAAACAGUUCACUGCAUAAGCUACUCAGUGAAGUCAAAGUGAAUAUAGGUGAUAAAAAAAUGUAUUAUUUAAGGUUUUAAAGGAAAUAUUGAUCAAAGUGAAGGACAGACCUGUAAAUUUAGCUGCAGGAGCUUUUUAAAAAGUGUCCUCUGACAUUAUAUACACUUGUUACUCUAAGAAGUAUGGUCACUGUUGUCACAAUCUUGUAAAUUCAAGAGUACCCUUGCUUGCAUUUAUGGCAGUCAGAAUUGCUGUCUUUAAUAUGUUAUGCCUAAAAACAUUUUAUUUUCACCUUUUACUACUAACCUUCUUUUCAAAUACCAUCUCUGACUGUUGAGAUGGUCGAGUUUUACAAUUCUGGAAAAUGUAAGAGUUCUUUAAAGAGUGGACAGGCAUUUCUUUUGUAAGAAUGUAUUUUGGGGUUUAUAAUUCAAUGACAAUGUCAAUAUCAGAGUAAGAGGGUUUGUUUUAGUUGUGCACCACUUUACCAAAUGGGUGCAGGAUGUUCUACAACAACAGCUAAACCAAAGUGAACAGAGGAAUUUUUUGGCCUAACCUUUUCCAGCUACGGGAUUUAGUUCAUAGUUUACAUAUACAAAUGCAUUUUCUAUAUUUAAUAUCAAAAGAUCAAACUGUGUUACUUUUAAAUGCAUACAAAGUUACAUUUUAUGUUUACACUGAUGAUCAAAUGGGCAAUUUACCAAGCUUGGAUGUCACACAUGAUUUUAUUUGUUAAAGCCAACAACAACACAUUGACUUGACAUGUUAUCUUUCCUGUCUGAGUGUGCACUGAACGCACCACUGACUUCUCCUGCACUCUACUAUUUACUUUAUUGCACAUUUUAAGCUGGCUUAUAUAGCACCUUUAUCAUUUUUAUUAAGUACAUGGAAGUGAAAUGACCUGAUACAAUUCCAGUUUGAACUUUGCCCACCUUGAACACGAGCUUCAUGAACACCUGUGUGGCUGUGCAGGUCCUUUAAGGUACAAACUGCUACAACUCAAAUGAUCUGAAAGAAAUUUCAAAACAAAGAGGUGCACAAGACGAUAGCUAUGUUAAAUAUUUUAAUUGUAAUUAAUUAAAUGCAUUUUAUUUUUUUUUAAAUCAGUUAAGUUUAAUAAUUUGAUUCAUGCAAAGUAAAUAAAGAUGUAUGAUUAAGAAUUUUUAAUGAUUUCAACUAAAUCAUGAAUUGCUAAGUACAUCACUUACAGGAUGUAAAAACAUGGGCCUAUGAAGUUGUUUCGCUAGUGAUAUAAACUUAACAUACUGUGAUAUAAACCUGCUGUAAAUACCUGGUUAUUACCUGAAAUAUGAUGCUCAGAAUGCCUGCUAAAUAAGUCUUUCUUUUUUAAGAUAUAAAUGUUGUCAUUGUAUUGUUAUUUAUCAUUCUAUCAUGUUGAUAGAGAAAUAAAAAUGUGUCUUGAUUACUCUAACAAAGGUGUGAGGUUGUUUUAU